GAGGGAGUGAGAUCAUGAAUAAGUUGUAUAUUGGGAAUCUGAGCUCGACUGUAACAGCCGCCGAUAUACAGCAACUCUUUGGGGAGAGGAAGCUUUCAAUCGGGCAAGUUCUUCUCAAAUCCGGCUAUGCUUUCGUGGAUUGCCCCGACGAGAAUGCGGCUAUCAAAGUCAUCGAGACAUUGUCCGGCAAAGUGGAGCUUCACGGCAAGGUGAUCGAAGUCGACUACUCCGUCCCCAAAAAGCAGAGGAGUCGGAAAAUUCAAAUCCGCAACAUCCCGCCUCAUCUGCAGUGGGAGGUAUUGGAUGGACUCUUGGCUCAACAUGGCACAGUGGAGAAUGUGGAGCAAGUUAACACCGACAGUGAGACGGCAGUUGUGAAUGUGACGUACGAAACAAAGGAACACGCAAAAACGUGAGUGAUGACAG